GUUUUCCACGCUCAAUGUAUUUGUUACAACCAUCGGCCUCUCUACUCGACAUUCUUCAAGCGUGCUCGGAGAUCGUGGAGAUGGCGACGGCGACGGCGAGAUCGUUUUUCCUCUGUGCUCUGCUCCUCUUUGCAACCCUAGCUCUCGCUCAGGCGAAGCAGUCUGAGGAUUUGAAAGACGUGACUCACAAAGUUUAUUUUGAUGUGGAGAUAGCUGGAAAACCAGCAGGUCGAAUUGUCAUGGGUCUAUUUGGAAAAACAGUUCCAAAGACUGCUGAAAACUUCAGAGCGCUGUGUACUGGUGAGAAAGGAGUUGGAAAGAGUGGGAAACCUCUUCACUACAAGGGAAGCAGUUUCCACCGGAUCAUUCCAAGCUUCAUGCUACAGGGUGGUGACUUUACUCAUGGUGAUGGCAGAGGUGGUGAGUCCAUAUACGGAGAGAAGUUUGCUGAUGAGAACUUUAAGUUGAAGCACACUGGACCAGGGCUUUUGUCUAUGGCGAACGCCGGAUCUGACACAAAUGGUUCACAGUUUUUCAUCACAACUGUGACGACUAGUUGGCUUGAUGGGAGACACGUUGUGUUCGGGAAAGUGUUGUCUGGAAUGGACGUGGUUUACAAGAUUGAAGCUGAGGGAAGGCAAAGUGGCACCCCCAAAAGCAAAGUCGUGAUUGCAGACAGUGGUGAACUCCCACUGUAGAUGGAACUGAUGCCAACAUGUUUACAAUGACUAGCUCUUACGCAGCAGUUAGGAGAGAGAUGCAAAAACAGAGUAAAUUAUGUGAAACCGGUAACUGAAUUUGGAACUGAAGCUGUACUCUUUCCUUUAUGGUUUUUCAGUUGUUCUAAUGUGUCUGGAGUCGGGAUUUUUCCAA